AUGGAACAGUUGACUCUGAAGGUUGCUGACGUUUCAAGUGCUGUAAUGCAGGAUGACAUAUGCAUUACUAUGAUUACUGAUGGUGGCUUAACAGGAGAAGACAGCGACAAGAAGAUGAAGGUAUUAAAGCUUGCAGCUCUGCUCCAUCUCCUAGUAACAACGCGAGAUCUCCUGAUAAUGUGUGACUUGGACACUGCCAUAGAAUAUAUGUUUAAAGCUAAAGACAUGUAUGUAAGCACAUUAGGCUCCCAUUUGCAUAACCUGUGGAAGAAGCUGAGAAUUGUUCAGUUCGUUGCCCAGAGAAAAGAUGAAACUAAUCCCAAAACUUUGCAGCUGCAGCAACAGAUGCUAAAGUGGAGAGCACAGAGUGAUUUCCUGGAACAGCAGUCUAAGGUACUGGUCAUAAUAAGAAUGGAUUCAGACUCCCUCAGAGCCAUGCUUAUAGACAGUUUAGAUAAAGUCAAAGGUUUCAGAACUGCAGCAGUGCUUCCUGAAGAGAGUGCCACUGUAGACUGCAGAAACGUCAUACACUGCUUGAAAGAAAACUGCUGUGUAGUUGUGUAUUGCCAACAUGUUGGACCUGACUUUCCCUGGAACAGCUUUUCCCUUGUAGUGGAGUAUGACUAUGCAGAAAACUCCUGUUUUUAUGAGCUCUGCAAACAACAGAACAUCUACCACAUGACCUUUAAAACCACUCUUCCCCAAAACAUCAAAUCAGGUGUAGCAACAGAGAGGUUUGAAUCCUUGGUGGAACUGACAGUUCCCUAUGUGUUUCUGACUACUGAAGGGCUUCUGAAUACACCAGAUCUUCUUCAGAAUUUGGAAUCAAAGUACAAUAUUUCUAUCUUGGAGAGGACCAGCAGUCCAUCAUUACAGCUGUUUGGUGGAACGGAUCGUUACACUGUGAUCACAGUAGAUGAACGUACUGCUGCAGUUAUUCAGGUAUCACUAUAA